CCACAGAUUCAAUAAGAUGGAAGAUCAUAUCAUCCUUUAUUCUUCUCUCCUUGCUCUCAUCCUCAUCCUUGCCUUCAAUUUCUUAUUUCUCUCCAGAAAACGGUACAAGAAUCUUCCUCCAAGCCCACCAUCUCUCCCCAUAAUUGGCCACAUCCAUCUCUUAAAACAGCCCACUCACCGUUCACUCCGUAGCCUUGCCGAUAAGUACGGUCCAAUCAUCUCCCUCCGGUUUGGCUACUGCCCUGUUGUUGUCAUAUCAUCAGCAUCAGCCGCCGAAGAAUGCUUCACCAAGAACGAUAUUGUUUUGGCCAAUCGGCCAAAAUCACUUCCCGGAAAGCAUGUAGCUUACAACCACACCACGUUGAUCGCCGCUUCAUAUGGAGAUCACUGGCGCAACCUCCGUCGUAUCACUUCCAUUGAAAUAUUCUCCUCCAGCCGCCUCAACAAGUUUCUUGGGAUACGAAGAGAUGAAGUGAGGCGAUUGUUGGUGAAAUUAUCUCUUAAUUCACGACAAGACUUUGCGAAAGUGGAGUUGAAGUCAAUGAUUGUUGAUUUAACGUUUAACAAUAUCAUGAGAAUGGUUGCAGGAAAACGAUAUUAUGGGGAGAAUGUGGCUGAAAAUGAGGAGGCAACACGAUUCAAGAAGCUGAUAGCGGAGAUGAUCCAAAUUGGUGGAAUAGGGGAUGGCGGACGCAAUUUCUUCCCAUUGUUGAAUUGGAUUGGCAACUAUGAAAAGAAAGUUAUAAACAUUGCCAAAAGAAUGGAUGCGUUCUUGCAAGGGUUGGUAGACGAGCACCGCAGCACGGAGAUGGGAAACACAAUGAUCGAUCAUCUCCUUUCGUUGCAGGAAUCACAGCCUGAAUAUUACACCGAUCAAAUCAUAAAAGGGAUUGUUAUGACCAUGAUACUUGCUGGAACGGAUACAUCGGCCGUCACAUUAGAAUGGGCAAUGUCUGAGUUACUCAACCACCCCGAUGUAUUGAAGAAGGCUAGAGAAGAGAUAGACGCUCAAGUGGGUGAAGAAAGGCUGAUGGACGAACCCGAUGUCUCGAAGCUCCAUUAUCUACAAAGCAUCAUGUGGGAGACACUCCGUGUGCACCCAUCAGCCCCUCUUCUUGUCCCUCAUAUGGCAUCUGCAGACUGCACCAUAGGUGGGUACGAUGUACCGCAAGACACUACGGUAUUGGUAAAUGCGUUUGCCAUUCACAGGGACCCGAAUUUCUGGGACGAACCAGAAAGUUUUAAACCAGAGAGGUUGGAGAAGGAAGAGAACAAGGAGGGCCAUAAGUUGCUACCAUUCGGCUUGGGAAGGAGGGCUUGUCCUGGAGCAGGGUUAGCCCAAAGGACUGUGACCCUGACCCUGGGAUCAAUGAUUCAGUGCUUUGAGUGGAAGAGGAUAAGUGAGGAAGAAGUUGACAUGACUGAAGGCAUAGGGAUCACCAUGCCCAAAGCCCAACCUUUGGAGGCCAUGUGUAAAGCCCGACCCAUUGUUAGCAAGGUACUUUAUGGUGUGGAAUAGAAAGGAUUUUUUCUUUAUAAUUUCACGGCAAGUCAUGUCUCUUCAUCGUUAUCGCAUUCUCUCUCUCUUUUUUUGUUUUUGGUGAAUGUGUGUUCUGUAUUAAUUUAAUAGGUAAAAUCUACUUGUUAUUUUAUGUUGUAAGAAUGACUAGCUUUCAAAUUAUGGUAUAAGUACAAUAAAAGAAGGCUAAAAUG